CAGCGAGCUGCGCUGAGGAUGCAUUGGGAAGCACAGGGGAAUGAAGACCUCCUUAAGAGAGAGGAGCUCCUGCCCGACAGCCAGCUGAGGGUUAACAAAAUGAACAGCUCUUGUGCGGGCAGAGUAUGUUCUUGGCAGUGAGCGGUGGUCUGUGUUACAGUAUGUGAGAGCAGGAGUGUGGAGCAGCUCAUUUCCAUUCACCAGCUGGCAGGUUGCGCUUAAAUCUCAGGAUCCAGUGUCUGGCUGCAGCGAAGCAUCCCCCUCCUCGCCACUCCAAACCUCAUCUCUUCCUCUGGAUGGGGGUCCUCUCCUCCUCGCGGAGCGGGAUUUGACUCGGGGAUGCUGCCGUGAGGAGUUCACAUCUGCAGCUUUGACAGGACUUCCCCCGACUGUCUGAAUGAAUGAAUGCCUUUCAGAGCAGAACCAGCUCCACGUUGCUCUCGGUCUCCCAAGACUGUUUUCCAGCACAGCUCCGGAGGAGUGUUCACUGAGCCACGACUGGGCAAAGAGCAGAGAAAACAGCAGAAUGAAAAAAGCCAAGAGAGCCCAGCGGGUUGUCAGCAGUCCUCGUAGCAGAGGCUAAACUCACUGCCCUGAAAGAGACCAGGCAGGAGAGGAAGUUGCUUCUCAGUGAGAAAGGAGGAGAAAACAAAAGAGAAACUUUGAAACUGGCAUCCCCCCUGCACCCACGUUAAAUGAAAGCACCGAGAAACAUGAGAUUUCCUUCUCGAGGGGUGGGAACAUGCUGAACUGGGGAGGAGUGGAGAAGGGCAGCUUUUAGCUUGUGGUUUGGUUUAUAGUGAGAUCUGAGAGAUAGCGCAGAGGUGGGAGGGGAAGGUGAAAGGGGAUCUGAUGCCUGCUGCCAAUAUGACAGAGACCCUCCAGCUCCCGGCAUUGCAGGUCCCAGAGCAACAGGUGCCAGAGUGCAGCCGGGCCUGGUCCAGUUCGUCCACCCCCACCCUACGCAGGAGGCGCUUCAAGAUGAGACGGAUGAAGAACGUGCAAGAGCAGAGCCUGGAGGCCGGUGGGUACCAGGACUCUCCUUCCCCCAACAAAGAGUUCCUGCAACUCCCAUCCAUAGAAAUCACCCCAUCCAGUGACGAGGACACCCCAUGGUCGAACUGCUCUACGCCCAGCGCCUCCCCGCGGCGCAAGCGUGUCCUGCUGCGGAAGUGGCUGCGCGUGAGAGAGAAGAAGGAAUACAGUGAAAGCAGUAGCCAGCAGAGUAGCCAGCAAAGCAGCCAUGAUGACGAUGCAGCCCGAUUCCUGAGUCCCCGAAUGCGGGACGAAAGCACUGCCAGUAACUCGAACCGCAGCACGCCUGCCUGCUCCCCCAUCCUGCGCAAACGUUCCCGGUCUCCAACCCCACAGGACUCCCAAGGAGACGCCAUGGUGGAGAAAGGCUCAGACCACUCUUCAGACAAAUCCCCUUCCACUCCGGAGCAGUGUGUGCAGCGCAGCUAUUCUGCUCAGUCAGGCCGCAGUGGGGCCAAGAACUCCAAGAAAAGCCAGAGUUGGUAUAAUGUGUUGAGUCCGACGUAUAAACAACGUAACGAAGACUUCAGGAAACUCUUCAAACAGCUUCCCGACACCGAGCGCCUCAUAGUUGAUUACUCAUGUGCGCUUCAAAGAGACAUUCUCCUGCAGGGCCGCCUCUACCUCUCUGAAAACUGGAUCUGUUUCUACAGCAACAUCUUCCGCUGGGAAACACUGCUGACAGUCCGUUUGAAGGAUAUCUGCUCCAUGACCAAGGAAAAAACUGCACGGCUCAUUCCUAAUGCCAUCCAAGUUUGCACUGACACUGAAAAGCACUUUUUCACUUCCUUCGGUGCCCGAGAUAGGACGUACAUGAUGAUGUUCAGACUCUGGCAGAAUGCUCUCCUCGAAAAGCCCCUGUGUCCAAAGGAGCUCUGGCACUUCGUCCACCAAUGUUACGGGAAUGAACUGGGGCUGACCAGCGAUGAUGAAGACUACGUGCCUCCUGAUGAUGAUUUCAACACUAUGGGCUACUGCGAGGAGAUCCCUGUAGAAGAAAAUGAAGUGAAUGACAGCUCCUCCAAGAGCAGCAUGGAGGCCAAACCUGAAGCUAGUCCUCUGCUGCCCAAGAAGUCCAUCACCGCCUGCACGUUGACGUCCACAGGGAGCAGUGAAGCGCCAACUUCAUUUGACGGGAUGCUUCCGGAGGAGGAGGAGUUGGUGGAGAGUCCCCUUGAGAAGGAACUCACCCUUGAAAACAUCAUUGGAGACAAGAUCGAGAUCAUCGCCCCGGUGAACUCCCCUUCCCUGGACUUCAACGACAACGAGGACAUUCCAACGGAGCUCAGCGACUCGUCGGAGACCCAUGAUGAAGGGGAAGUUCAGGCCUUUUACGAGGAUCUGAAUGGCCGGCAGUACAUGAAUGAGGUGUUCAGUUUCAGCGUGGACAAACUGUAUGACCUGCUCUUCACUGACUCCCAGUUCCAGAGGGAUUUCAUGGAACAACGUCGGUUCUCCGAGAUUAUCUUUCAUCCGUGGAAGAAGGAAGAAAAUGGCAAUCAGAGCAGAGCAAUCCUGUACACAAUCACCCUCACCAAUCCUCUCGCCCCGAAAACUGCUACUGUCACUGAGACUCAGACAAUGUACAAAGCCAGCCAAGAAAGCGAGUGCUACGUGAUAGACGCAGAGGUGCUAACUCACGACGUCCCCUACCAUGAUUAUUUCUACACCAUUAACCGCUACACGUUGACUCGUGUCGCCAGAAACAAAAGCCGACUCAGGGUUUCUACAGAGCUACGUUACAGGAAGCAGCCGUGGGGACUUGUGAAAUCCUUCAUUGAGAAAAACUUCUGGAGUGGCCUAGAAGAUUAUUUCCGUCAUUUAGAGAGUGAACUGACCAAAACCGAGAGCAUGUACCUAGCGGAGAUCCACAGACAAUCCCCCAAAGAGAAGAUGAGCAAGCAAUCCACAUUGCGCCGAAGGAAACGGCCCCACGCCCACCUGCGGGUGCCACACCUGGAGGAGGUGCUGAGUCCUGUCACCACCCCCACAGAUGAGGAGGUUGUGCAUCGCAUCAAGCACGUGGCAGGUUCCACGCAGACGCGGCAUGUCCCUGAGGACAGUCCCAGUGGCUUCCAUCUGCAGAGCGUCUCCAAGCUGCUGGUCGUUAUCAGCUGUGUUCUGGUGCUGUUGGUAAUUCUCAAUAUGAUGCUGUUCUACAAACUUUGGAUGUUGGAAUACACCACCCAGACCCUCACCGCAUGGCAGGGCCUGCGGCUACCGGAAAGGUUACCCCAGUCUCAGUCGGAAUGGGCUCGGUUGCUAGAGUCCCAGCAGAAGUAUCAUGACACAGAGCUGCAGAAGUGGCGUGAGAUCAUCAAAUCCUCCGUGAUGCUUCUAGACCAGAUGAAGGAUUCACUAGUAAACCUGCAGAAUGGCAUCGGGUCGCGUGACUACGGGUCGGAACCAGAGGAGAAACGGAAACGUUUCCACUAACAGAGGCGAACACAGGAGGCCAGAGGAUUGUGUGCAAUAUAUGUAUAUAGACCAUAUAAAUAUAUAUAUACAGAAUAUAAAUAUAUAUAUAUAUUAUAUACAGAUUUUAAAAGAGGAAAAAAGCCUAUGUACUGAGGAGGAGAAGCGUGGGUGCAGACCUCCAACACUGGUUGAACUGCAGCGUCUCUGGGGUCAUGGCCCAUCUACUCUUGGCUACUCCUCCACGGGCACAGCACAGUUUUCCUUGUUUUCCGACGGAAUGGCAAGGUAGUCAGUCCUACAGAUCGAAGGAGAGCGCUCACCACAGAAAUGAAAAAUGCCUUAUUAUCGGUGGAUGCCUUAUUAUCGGGGAGGUCUUAUUAUCAGGGGGAUGCCUUAUAUUACAACGAGAGGCAAAACUGAGAUACAGAGCAGCUUCAUGUGACUUCCUUGGACAGCCUCCGUCUCUGAUGGGACUUCCACACAGACUGGAGAACAGACGCCAACUG